GAGAAGAAAAAGAAAGGGAAAACACUUUUGUUUCCUUGUUUGGAGAAAGAGGAUUACUGCACCUGCUUUUCUACUUUAUUUGAUCAUUCAUAAAAUAACAUUACACGGACGACAACUCAGUAAGGUUAGAGGGACCAGCAGCUUUGAAAAAGGACAAACAUCCAACAAACAGUUGAAAAAGGGUCAUCCAAAAAAUCUCAACGUUUCUUUCCUUUUUAAUUUUAUCCAAACUAAGAUACUUGUGCUUCUCUUUCCUUUUCAUUCAUAAUUCAGAUUUGUGUUUGCUCCUACCAGAAGCAUUCAUAAUCCAUAAUUGCGCAACAGAGAGUGACCGAUAUGUCUGUCGCAGCCAAGAUUUUGGGCAAAGCAUCCUUUCACUCUAUGAACAGAGACAUCCUUGGUCUUAGUGGCGUUCCAGUGGCUGCGGCUAUCAAUUAUCCUGUUUCAGUAAGACCCAUCAGCAUUAGAGCUUCGAUGAUGCUGUGUCGUUGCAGCCUCCCCUCCUCCGCCCUUGGAGACGAAGUGUUUUCUGUCACUUCUUCCACUAAAUUUGAGUUUGAUUACUUGGGCCAGAGCACUAAAGGGGAUUUGAAUGUCAAUUUUGAUCUUCUUGACUCUACUGGGAUUGAUCAGCAAUCAACUUUCCAAGGUCCAAUAGAGGAGGUGGCUAGGAUGGAAGCUCAAGAUGCUGAGGAUUUGCUUAGAGACUUGGGCAUUCCGAGUCCUUCUUCAGCUAGGAAUUCACCUCGUGGUAUAUUUUGUAGCCGUACUUUAAAUCUCCGGUCUAUCAGUGCCAUUGGUUAUGACAUGGACUACACUUUGAUGCAUUACAAUGUGAUGGCUUGGGAAGGACGGGCUUAUGAUUAUUGCAUGGAUAAUCUAAGAAACAUGGGUUUUCCCGUUGAUGGACUUUCAUUUGAUCCAGACCUGGUAAUUAGAGGUCUUGUCAUAGACAAAGAAAAAGGCAAUCUUGUUAAAGCUGAUCGAUUCGGUUAUGUAAAGCGGGCCAUGCAUGGCACAGAAAUGCUCUCUACUCAAGCUGUCAGUGAGAUGUAUGGAAGGGAACUGGUAGAUUUGCGGAAGGAGAAUCGAUGGGAGUUCCUGAAUACACUGUUUUCUGUUUCAGAAGCUGUGGCUUACAUGCAGAUGGUUGACCGAUUGGAUGAAGGAGCUAUAGCAGCAGAACUUGGUCCGCUUGAUUAUAGAGGACUUUACAAGGCUGUUGGAAAGGCUCUUUUCCGGGCACAUGUAGAAGGCCAGCUUAAGAGUGAGAUAAUGUCAAAGCCUGAAAUGUUUGUGGAGCCAGAUCCAGAACUGCCUUUAGCACUUUUAGAUCAAAGAGAGGCUGGUAAAAAGCUUCUGCUCAUUACAAACUCUGAUUAUCAUUACACAGACAAAAUGAUGAAGCAUUCCUUUAACAGAUUCCUCCCAAAUGAUAUGGGGUGGCGUGAUCUAUUUGAAAUGGUGAUAGUCUCAGCAAGGAAGCCAGAGUUCUUUCAAAUGUCACACCCACUGUAUGAGGUGGUGACCGGUGAGGGCCUGAUGCGUCCAUGUUUCAAAGCUCGUACAGGAGGUUUGUACUCAGGCGGGAGCGCUCAGAUGAUUGAGAACUCCCUAAAUAUCCAUGGGGAUGAAAUAUUGUAUGUAGGUGAUCAUAUCUACACUGAUGUAAGUCAAUCCAAGGUCCAUCUGCGAUGGCGAACUGCAUUGAUUUGUCGAGAAUUGGAGGAAGAGUAUACUGCUUUGAUUUGUAGUCGGGGUCAUCGAGCUGUACUAGUUGAGCUUAUUAAUCAAAAGGAGGUUGUAGGGGAUCUUUUUAACCAACUUCGGCUUGCCCUGCAAAGGCGAAAUAAAGAGCGACCAGCUCAGACGCUUGCUGCAACUAACAUGGAUGACCAAGAACUCACAGAUAGCAUGAAAAAGCUAUUGAUUGUCAUGCAAAGACUGGAUGAGAAAAUUGCUCCCAUGCUAGAGGCAGAUGGGGAGCUUUUCAACAAAAGGUGGGGAUUUCUUUCUCGCGCAGGUCUGUGGGAUAAAAGCCACUUGAUGAGACAAAUUGAGAAGUAUGCAGAUAUAUAUACCUCGAGGGUGUCGAAUUUCCUACACUAUACACCAUUCAUGUACUUCAAGUCACAGGAGCAGACCCUAGCUCAUGAUUCAUAUUCAUACUACCAGCCACAGCUGCUGAAUGGAUCUGCUGUUGACAGGCAGGAAGACUUAACAUUGUAAAUGUCUAACUGACUGUAUUAUAGAUGCAGAGUUAAUGAGGAUAAACUGAAGCAUCUUUUAAAGAUCCAAAUGUAAUAAUUUUAUGCGGCUCUUGAAAAAACAAUUUUAAGUUAUCA